GGAUUUGCUGGAUUAGAGACUUGGGAGGAUCCCACUCCUAGACCAUCAUCAAUUACUUUUGAAGACUUGCGUGAUGCUUUUGUUGAAGCCUCGAAGCACCAGAUGCGUCUUAGGCCCAAGUCACCAUCCCGGGAAGACAUGAUAAUGCGUAGCCAAGAGCAUGACCGUAAGAGUUUGGUGAUAGCGUUGAAUGUCUACGCCAAGCUAAAUAACAUGCAGCCUAGGGAGUUAGAGCUUGUGGAAGUGAAGCAAAGGAACCUAAUUGAUGAGAGUGGAAAAGGCUAUGUGCACUUCAACUUUACAGCGAAGAAGAGAUUGGAUGGCACAAUCAGUUUGUUCUUUGCUGAGGUACAUCCUGACUGCAGAGAGGACGAUGAUGUAUAUCUUUGCACUGCAGUGGAAGAGAAUGUCUCUGGUGCUUGUUUUGGUUGUGAGGAUCGAGCAAAAGAGCUUGUACAUCCCAGCGGUGGCUACUUGGGUGGGCAUAAAGAUGUAAUAUAUCCUUUCAUGGAGUGUGAGGUUUGAUUGAGCGGAGCAGGGAA